UUUGACUUCUCGGGAAGUCAACCAGAGCGUCAAACACCGGAUGCUGGGAACUCGAGGAGGAAGGGAAAGACCAAAGCGACAGCGACAGGGACUGGCCUUGAGAGUUCAGGACAAUACUCAGAUUCAUUAUGGGUUGAUCGCUAUGAGCCUGUCACCCAGGACGACCUGGCUGUCCACAAACGGAAAGUAUCGGACGUUUGUCAAUGGCUCCUCGAAUCAUUCAACGGAGGACCUUCAGGCAGGUUGAAGCAGUAUAGGCGGAUACUAGCUUUGACUGGGCCUGCAGGCACGGCAAAGACCGCCACAUUGCGAGUUCUGUCGCGUGAGUUGAACUUUCAGGUUAUGGAGUGGCGCAACAGCACGGACGAGCGAUUCAGCCGAGACAAUGCCUUUGAGAACGACGGAGCAGACGUGGAGCACAUGGAGUAUGAAAGCCUCGUAGACAAGUUCAGGAACUUCCUCACUCGCGCGGGGACCUGCCAACCUCUCGCGCAGGGCUCGAGUCGGCCUAAUGCAUCUAGCCAAGGUCCCACUACACAAUCUAGCGUAGCACCAGACGGAAAACGGCAUGUGAUUCUUUUGGAAGAUCUCCCUAAUAUUCUACAUCCUGGCACGCAAGCAUCAUUCCAUAGCGCGAUCGAGGAUUUCGUGUCGUUGCCUGCCACAAGUGUGGCGCCGCUUGUGAUCAUCGUAAGUGAUGCAGGCUUGCGUGGAGAGGAUGUUGAGAAUGACGGGGGCAGCUGGCGAAGAGGGAAGGAAGCGAUUGACGUGCGCAGCGUACUACCGCCCUCGCUGAUCAACUCGCCCUAUGUCACACAAGUCCGCUUUAACCCGAUCGCCCCCUCUCUCAUGCGCCCUGCCCUCCAGACCCUGCUCGACAAGCAUUUUCGCUCCGUACCAGAUAAUUUGCCGCCAAAAGAGGUCAUCGACGUCAUCGUCGAGUCGUCGAACGGCGACAUCCGUAGCGCUAUCAUGGCACUUCAGUUUGCAUGUCUUACAAAGGCGGGUGCGCAGGCGGGUGGUGCGGCCGUGAAGGGAGGCAAGCAAAAGAUGUCUCAGGCACGUGCAAUGUUGGGGGCAAUUACAAGGCGGGAGCAGAGCCUGGCGCUAUUUCACCUACUCGCAAAGCUCCUGUACAACAAACGAAAGGGAGACCCGCCAAAUGCGUCAGCCUCUGCAAAGGACAAACAGCGAGACAAAGAGCUAGAUGCCACCCUGAAUGACCCACCGACGUUGCCGCCGCAUCUCAGGGUGCACGAACGUCGGAUGUCCAGAGUCGAUAUCGAAAACUACACUCAGUAUUGCACCACGCUGGACGAAUGCGACUCCGAGGCAGACUGGCUGAGCUGGAUCGACUCCAGCGGAGGCGAAACUUGGCAUCAAGCGAAUCCGCACUGCUUCCAUCUGCUUGCACUAAGUACGCUGCACUCGUUCCCCUCGCCAGUCGUGCGGCGGAGCCAGACGCCGUACAAGCCUGCGUUCUUUGAGGCGCUGAAGCGGGAGCGCGAGGCAGAAGAUGGAUUGAGGGCUGUGCAAAUGUGGCCUCAACAUCAGCACAGUGAAUCUGGUGUUGGCGACUGGAGUCGACGGCUCCAAAGUAGACCAGGCGGAUGCCUCGCAGAGAGGCUAAGCUCAUCACACGCAUCGCGCCGAACCCGGACGUUUCCCGCACACUGCACCCGGGGCUCACCUUCGGGGGCGAGCUGUUCAUCGCUGUGCUCACAGGCGGUGCGCCGAUCAACCUCGACGCGCGCGUCACGAAGUGGCUGUCAAUCCGUGGCGUUGCGCCGGACAGCGAGAACUAAGGCUGCGUCUGGUCUGCGAAGGUACACAGCAUCAGGACGAUGGUGCAGAAGUUCUCACUCGAAAAGGCUACGGAGGCGUACAACUACCCCAGCGCUUCCGUGCCGUCGUCAUAUCGUGGAAGGGUCGUGGAAUUGGUCUCGAAUAUGUGUCGCAAACUGUCUGAGCACCAAGUUUUCAUUCGCGCAACACUUUGAUCGAGUGAUGAUGAGAUAUUUAGCACCUUUGUAUAACGUUCCAGAUUUUAGCAGUUGA